UUUCCAGCCAAUGAGAUUCAAGGAAGCUGGAUUCUCAAAUGAGACGUAGCAGUACAUCUCCUUAGCAGCCAGUACAUGCACAGCUCACAAAAACUGAGCAAAGUUUUCGACAGCCGGCAGACCCUCCUGUGUCAGUACCCCUUCUCUCUCCGGCUGUGUUGUGCUUAGUCACAAAGUUCAUGACGGUGGCUGACGGUGGCACUUUAGCGCUCAUCAUGCCUGUCCGAGCAGAGUGCUGCAGCACUACCGGCUCGGCCUGCACGUCCUCGGCGUCUCUUGUUCCCCCUGCCCCGAUCAACACCUUCCAGCCGGGUGUGGCUACGUCGCUGCUGUACAGCGGCUCACAGUUUCGGGGUCACCAGAAGAGCAAAGGCAACUCCUACGACGUUGAGGUUGUUUUGCAGCAUGUGACUGUGGAGGAUUCAUAUUUGUGUGGAUACCUGAAGAUCAAAGGCCUGACCGAGGAGUACCCCACUCUCACGACCUUCUUUGCUGGUGAAAUUAUCAGUCAAAAGAGGCCUUUUUUAACUAGGAAGUGGGACGCAGAUGAGGAUGUGGACAGAAAACACUGGAGCAAGUUUCAGCCUUUCUUCAAAUAUGCCAAAAGCUUCAACUCAGAUGACUUUGACUAUGAAGCACUGGACAACAGUGAUUAUGUCUUCAUGAGAUGGAAGGAGCAGUUUCUAGUUCCAGACCACACUAUCAAAGACAUCAGCGGUGCCUCCUUUGCAGGCUUCUACUACAUCUGCUUCCAGAAGUCCACAGCCACUAUCGAGGGGUACUAUUACCAUAGGAGCUCUGAAUGGUACCAGUCCCUAAACCUAAACCAUGUUCGAGAGCACAGUAUGCCCAUUUAUGAAUUUCGGUGACACAAACACACAGGAGUAUUGCGUGAAGUAAGGAACAGAUCAUACUGCCCUGUGUUUAAAUGGAACAGGAACGAUGGAGAGGCCUUUAAUGGCAAGAAUGGGGGUGACCUGUUUUCCUCACAGCUGGGAAAUAAACAAGUGGUCAGACACUCUUCUGGUGGACUGAAUGAGAGAUGGUUGAGUGAGACAGAAGUCCUGAAAGGAAGACAGAUGGACAGCUCUCACGGUUGCCGUAGAACUGAUGUUUGCCUCGGAUUUCAUUUUUAAUUUUUCUUUUUCUGGCCUGUUUUUAAUUUUCUUUUUGUGCAACUGAUUUUUUUUUGGUUCUGUCUCCUGAUCUGAUCUGUCUCCCUGUAAUUGGACAUCAAAACAGGUUCCAGUUUCUCCAGUGGAGACACUAUAAACACAAUUGCCUUUCAGUUAAUGGUUGCAAAACAGAGAUUAUAAAGCAAGAGGAGUUUUGUUCAGUAAAGCUUAAUUUAUUUUUAUUAUUUUUUUUUUAAAUACAGAGCAUCUUUGCAAUAUCGCUUUGACUCGCCAUAGUAAUUAAUGCGGAGUAUGAUAGAGGGGUACUUACCAAGAGGUUUCAACAGAAGCAUUGGUGAUCUACUUUUUUUCUAAGUUAUGGUCUGUUGAUCAGGGAUGGUAUAAACAAGAACUGGAAAUGGUCAUUAUUAACCAAUAACUAAUCAGUUCCAAGCUACUGCGUUUUUCAUAAAUCCUCUAAACAUUGUUGUAUCAACAAAAAAAAUCUGUAAAUGGCCUCAGUGAAUUUUCUCUAUGCAAGCAAGCUCACUAAUAGGAAGGAUUUCUUAAGCCACCUAAAUCAUUUUUUUUAAUUUUUGUAUUAUUUCUCUUUAAGAAUGAUUGAUUUUUUUUUUAAUGAAGAGGGAAAAUGCAAAUUAAUUAUUUUGAAACCUAAGGUUUUUUCAAAAUUUUGGUCACAUGAAAGGUGGACCAGAAUAAUUGUGAUUUCCAGGCACAUGUGGAGUUUGAGUGACUUGAGACUGAGUCUGUCCAUAAAAUUUGAGUUUUCUUCAGUUUCUGUCUCCUCAUGGUAAUACUCAUCUGUCCCACAUUAUUUCCACGUGUAGAAGCAGUUCAAAUGUGGCUGCAUUGGUUUAUUUUAGGACAUUUUUCUGUCCUGAAAAAGGUGCAAAAAGCAGGACGUAACGCGCAAAGCUUCAAGUAACAUGCUUAGCCACAAUGUGUUAGUGUCCUGUCCUCAGUGGAGAAUAUUAUGUAAAGAAGCACCUCGUGUGGCUUGCGGCGUGUUAAGUUGGAAAAGGUGAUGGAGAAAGAAUUAAACCUCCUUUGAUGCUUACAAAAAACCUGCUGCCUUAAUUUUAAAUAUUUGUAAA